UCCGUGCCAGGCGACUAAACGCACCUCCGUUUUGUGUAACUCUUCGCUCAAAGAAUGGCUUUUCUCUGGGUCUUCGGUUAUGAGACGUAGCAGCAUUACUUUGCAGAAGAAGGAGAAGAAGAAGAAGAAGAAGAAGAAGCAGGAGACGGAGACGGAGACGGAGAUAUGGAAGUAGAUGACAACGAAUACGGCAAUUCGGUUGCGAAAAACAGUGGCUGUUCUCAACAGAACCAAGCUGAAGACUAUAGUAAUUAUGACAUUGUGCGGGCGACCCAGUACGGCGCUUAUAAACGGUGCCACGAGCUGAUUGAGGGUGGCUAUGAUGUCAACACUUUGGACAAGGAAAACGUCAGCCUUUUACAUUGGGCGGCGAUUAACAAUCGGGCUGAGAUUGUCAAAUAUUACCUAGAGAAAGGGGCCAUUGUGGAUAGAUUUGGUGGUGAUUUAAAUUCUACACCCUUGCAUUGGGCUACAAGGCAAGGUCAUUUAUCAAUGGUCGUCAUAUUGAUGAAUUAUGGGGCCGAUGCAUCCCUCACGGAUGGAGAAGGUUGCAGCUGUAUCCACCUCGCCGCCCAGUUUGGUCACACCGCCAUCGUGGCUUACCUGAUAGCAAAGGGACAGGACGUUGACAUGCUGGAUAAAAGUGGGAUGACCCCUCUGAUGUGGGCUGCCUUCAGGGUUUUCAGCCACGAUCCCGCUCGCUUGCUGCUGACAUUCGGAGCUUCUGUAAACUACGCUGACAGGUGCAAGAAGAACAGCCCCUUGCACUGGGCUUGCCAGUAUGGGAACCAGGUGGUGAUCAAGAUUUUGGUCGAGGCAGGGGCCAACACUGAAGCUUUAAAUGCUAAGGGUGAAACUGCUCUGGACAUUGCUCUGUCCCUGAAAAACAGCUCAGUUAUCCGCUGGCUGCGGACCGCACGAGCAGAGCGAGGAAUCGGACACAAGCAUUGUUUACAAGUUCUCACUUCAAAGAAGUCUGUGCGUACAAACGUGAUGAGCAUCUUCCCGUUUGUGGCUGUCUUCGUCCUGGGUUACAUCCCUGAACUCUCCCUCAGGUGGUACUACAAGCUGCUUCUCUACCUUCUGGCUGCUGGGGUUGCAAAGCUAACUAUAGAGUUAUUUUUUGACAACAACGUAAGUGUGGUUGUUCCGAAGUACGUGUCCCUUGCUACAGUGUUCUGGUUAUACACAACAUGGUUUAUUUGUCUGCUGCCUUAUCAUUCCGCCAGCGCUGUCCCCUUCAUAUUUGCUCUGCUUUCUUCUGCGAUGUUUUAUAAUUUAUGGAAAAGUUGGCGUUCGGAUCCGGGAUUCAUAUCAGCCACAAGAGAUGAAAAAUACCAGACAAUUCUAGAGUUUGCCGAGCUUCAGUCUAUCAGUAUGAACCAGUUCUGCAGCACGUGUGUUGUGAAAAGGCCGAUUCGAUCGAAACACUGUUCGGUUUGUAACAAAUGUGUAGCCAAAAUGGACCACCACUGUCCAUGGAUAAAUAACUGCGUAGGAGCCCUUAAUCAUAAGUACUUCCUUGCAUUCCUGGUGUUUGUACUUGCGACCCUCUUCCUUUAUAUCCACAGCUGUGCAUUGUAUUGGGCACACAACUGUCCGUGGGAUUUCUACGUAGAUGGAGUAACGGGAAUUUUCUCCAAAAUCUUCACCACUUCACCAUGGAUUGGUUGGACAGCAAUCAAUGCCGCUGGUCACACUAUUUGGGUCACACCUGUCUUAAUUUGUCAGUUAUAUCAGAUCACAUGGCUUGGCAUGACAACCAAUGAACGUGUGAACAUGACUCGUUACAAACAUUUCCAGUACAGCAAACAGGAGAACGGCAAAAUAGAGUACAGAAGUCCUUUCCAUCGCGGCUGCUUGAAGAACCUCAUCGAUGUCCUUGGCUGCUACUGUUGCGGUCUCUUCCGACCGCAGAACUACGACUGGCGCCAAAAGACAGACUUCAUCGGCGAACCCCCCAAGAUGUUCGCGGCCAACCCGAACGCCCGGGAGAACUUGCAGUUUGUGUGACCUGGUGGGGGUGGCCACUACGUUAACGGAAAAA